AUGAUAUAUGUCAACUAUAUCCUGGGACUUCUGUCCCUCUUACACACCGCUGUAGCCACAGCUCCUGAUUAUGUCGUGGUAGACCAACUGAACAGCAUCCCCGACGGAUGGACAAAAGGCGCAGCUCCCCCGCCAUUUACUCCGAUGAAGUUCUGGUUGUCGAUGCAUCACGAGUACAAGGCGGACUUCGAGCAGAAAGUCAUCGAUAUCUCGACACCCGGUCACCGGGAUUAUGGACGGCAUAUGAAACGCAACGAUGUCAUGGCCUUUAUGCGCCCAUCCGAUCAGGUCUCAAAGAUCAUCUUCUCUUGGCUUGAGUCGGAGCAUGUUCCACCAAAUGCCAUCGAAGAUCGCGGGGAUUGGGUCGCCUUCACAGUCCCGUUGGCCCAAGCACAAUCAAUGAUGAAGACCGAUUUUUACAACUUCCACCACCUGGAAACAAACACAACCCAAAUUAGGACCCUCAAGUACUCCGUUCCCGAGCAAGUCGAUGCUCAUCUGCAAAUGAUCCAGCCAACGACUCGCUUCGGCCGACCUAAGACACAAACCAGCCUACCGAGCCUCAUGCCAGUGUCGGUUAACAUUGAUGAAAUAAGCGAAGACUGCUUGACAGGCGUGACGCCCAUUUGCCUUCGCCAGCUCUAUGGUUUACCUAGCACCAAGGCAAGCCCCGACUCGAGAAACGUCCUCGGAAUUUCCGGCUAUCUGGACCAGUACGCGCGCUACAGUGACCUCGACGAGUUUCUAGCCGUAUACUCUCCAAACAGCGUAGACGCCGACUUCUCCGUAGUAUCGAUCAACGGAGGCCAAAACCCACAAAACUCACAAGAGGGAAGCACAGAGGCCAGUCUCGACAUCCAAUACGCCCUCUCCAUGGCAUUUGACGCUAACGCGACUUUCUACACUACCGCCGGACGUGCGCCAUCCCCGUAUCUCGAACAGCUCCAGUAUCUGGUGGGUCUUCCGGACGAGGAUCUUCCUGCAGUGCUUAGCACGUCUUACGGCGAGGAUGAGCAAAGUCUGCCGGAGGAAUACACAGAAGCCACGUGCAAUUUAUUUGCCCAAUUAGGUGCACGCGGGGUCUCGGUGAUCUUCAGCAGCGGAGACUCGGGCGUCGGAGGAUCGUGUGUAUCUAACGACGGAAGCCAGAGGACCCGCUUUCAGCCUAUCUUCCCGGCGUCGUGCCCGUUUGUUACAUCCGUGGGUGGGACUGAGGGCGUCGGGCCGGAAAAGGCUGUGGACUUUUCGAGUGGAGGGUUCUCCGAGCGCUUUGCUCGCCCGUCGUACCAGAAUGCGAGUGUGGAAGCAUACCUUGCCCGCUUAGGAGAUAAAUGGGAUGGAUUGUAUAAUCCAGACGGACGGGGUAUUCCUGAUGUGUCGGCCCAGGCUAGCAACUAUGUAAUCAGGGACCAUGGGCAAUGGCUACAAACUGCGGGAACAAGUGCUGCCGCCCCUGUCUUUGCAGCAGUCAUCUCUCGACUGAACGCUGCACGUCUCGAGCAGGGUAAACCUACACUAGGGUUUCUGAAUCCUUGGCUGUACUCACUCGACCAGCAAGGAUUUACGGAUAUUGUAGACGGCGGAUCAGUGGGUUGUGACGGGUCAAAUGGAGGAGCUCUUGUCCCGUAUGCCAGUUGGAAUGCCACCAAGGGAUGGGAUCCGGUUACUGGGCUGGGGACACCUCUGUAUCAGACUCUGGAGCAGUUGGCGCAGUCUGCUUAG